AACUCGGUUUAUUUAAGCAUCUAUCAUGGCAGGGUAAACGAGGCAGUUUAUCUGGCACCUCCAUUUUGCUUGUUGCUACCUUUAUGGUGUGUGUUUGUGCGUGUGCUCUCACACAAAGGGGAUGCGGCCGGGGGGCGCCGUUGAGAGAGGAGGUUAAUUCCGCGCGAGUGGCGCGGGGGGCUGCCUGUGUUCCAGGGGGAGCUGUUCACGCGGUCCCCGGCCCAGCUCUUAAGUCUCCCAACUCACCCGGCUUGUCUCCCGCCCCCGCCUUACUGGGGAGAGGGAGGCCCUUGGUGAAAGGCAUGGGAGCCCCGCUGCCGACGGGGAGAGAUGGGGCGCCCCCCCUCCUCCCUGUCGGAGAGCUGAGAAACUUGCUGGGAAGGUUCUGGGCUGAGGGUGGCCUCUCUGGUUGGGCGCCGUCGGGGAGGGGCCGGGGCCGCGGCCGCUCUGAGAGCCGUCUCAUGCCCCCGCCCCCUCCCCUGUCUUGUCUUCGCGGGCUCCAGGCUCCCCAUCAACCCGGGCAGCCGGGAUUUAAAUUCACGGUGGCUGAGUCUUGUGACAGGAUCAAAGACGAAUUCCAGUUCCUGCAAGCUCAGUAUCACAGCCUCAAAGUGGAGUACGACAAGCUGGCAAACGAGAAGACGGAGAUGCAGCGCCAUUAUGUGAUGUACUAUGAGAUGUCCUAUGGCUUGAACAUUGAAAUGCACAAGCAGACGGAGAUUGCAAAGAGACUGAAUACAAUUUUAGCACAGAUCAUGCCUUUCCUGUCACAAGAGCACCAGCAGCAGGUGGCGCAGGCAGUGGAACGCGCCAAGCAGGUCACCAUGACGGAGCUGAACGCCAUCAUCGGGCAGCAGCAGCUCCAGGCGCAGCACCUCUCCCAUGCCACACACGGCCCCCCGGUCCAGUUGCCACCCCACCCGUCAGGUCUCCAGCCUCCAGGAAUACCCCCAGUGACAGGGAGCAGCUCCGGGCUGCUGGCAUUGGGCGCCCUGGGCAGCCAGGCCCAUCUGACGGUGAAGGAUGAGAAGAACCACCAUGAACUCGAUCACAGAGAGAGAGAAUCCAGUGCGAAUAACUCUGUGUCACCCUCGGAAAGCCUCCGGGCCAGUGAAAAGCACCGGGGCUCUGCGGACUACAGCAUGGAAGCCAAGAAGCGGAAGGCGGAGGAGAAGGACAGCCUGAGCCGAUAUGACAGUGAUGGGGACAAGAGUGAUGAUCUGGUGGUGGAUGUUUCCAAUGAGGACCCCGCAACGCCCCGGGUCAGCCCGGCACACUCCCCUCCUGAAAAUGGGCUGGAUAAGGCCCGUAGCCUGAAAAAGGAUGCCCCCACCAGCCCCGCCUCGGUGGCCUCUUCCAGUAGCACACCUUCCUCCAAGACCAAAGACCUUGGUCAUAACGACAAAUCCUCUACCCCUGGGCUCAAGUCCAACACACCAACCCCAAGGAACGACGCCCCAACUCCAGGCACCAGCACGACCCCAGGGCUCAGGUCGAUGCCGGGUAAACCUCCGGGCAUGGACCCGAUAGGUAUAAUGGCCUCGGCUCUGCGCACGCCCAUCUCCAUCACCAGCUCCUAUGCAGCGCCCUUCGCCAUGAUGAGCCACCACGAGAUGAACGGCUCACUCACCAGUCCUGGCGCCUACGCCAGCCUGCACAACAUCCCACCCCAGAUGAGUGCCGCCGCCGCCGCUGCAGCCGCUGCCUACGGCCGAUCGCCAAUGGUGAGCUUUGGAGCUGUUGGUUUUGACCCUCACCCCCCAAUGCGGGCCACAGGCCUCCCCUCAAGCCUGGCCUCCAUUCCUGGAGGAAAACCAGCGUACUCAUUCCAUGUGAGCGCUGAUGGGCAGAUGCAGCCCGUGCCCUUCCCCCACGACGCCCUGGCAGGCCCCGGCAUCCCGAGGCACGCCCGGCAGAUUAACACACUCAGCCACGGGGAGGUGGUGUGUGCCGUGACCAUCAGCAACCCCACGAGGCACGUCUACACAGGUGGCAAGGGCUGCGUGAAGAUCUGGGACAUCAGCCAGCCAGGCAGCAAGAGCCCCAUCUCCCAGCUGGACUGCCUGAACAGGGACAAUUACAUCCGCUCCUGCAAGCUGCUUCCUGACGGGCGCACGCUCAUCGUGGGCGGCGAGGCCAGCACGCUCACCAUCUGGGACCUGGCCUCGCCCACGCCCCGCAUCAAGGCCGAGCUGACGUCCUCGGCUCCCGCCUGUUAUGCUCUGGCCAUCAGCCCUGAUGCCAAAGUCUGCUUCUCCUGCUGCAGCGACGGGAACAUAGCUGUCUGGGACCUGCACAACCAGACCCUGGUCAGGCAGUUCCAGGGCCACACGGAUGGGGCCAGCUGCAUAGACAUCUCCCACGAUGGCACCAAACUGUGGACAGGGGGCCUGGACAACACGGUGCGCUCCUGGGACCUGCGGGAGGGCCGGCAGCUACAGCAGCAUGACUUCACUUCCCAGAUCUUCUCGCUGGGCUACUGCCCCACUGGGGAGUGGCUGGCCGUGGGCAUGGAGAGCAGCAACGUGGAGGUGCUGCACCACACCAAGCCUGACAAGUACCAGCUGCACCUGCACGAGAGCUGCGUGCUCUCCCUCAAGUUCGCCUACUGCGGCAAGUGGUUCGUGAGCACUGGGAAGGAUAACCUUCUCAACGCCUGGAGGACGCCUUAUGGAGCCAGCAUAUUCCAGUCUAAAGAAUCCUCGUCUGUCUUGAGUUGUGACAUUUCGGCGGAUGACAAAUACAUUGUAACAGGCUCUGGUGACAAGAAGGCCACAGUUUAUGAGGUCAUCUACUAAACAAGAACUCCAGCAGGGCUGUCAAACUCUGGGAGAAACCGACUCGGCUCUGACAGGGAGACCCCCAGGCGAGGGGCCCUGAGGAUGGCGGAGGAUGGGCCGCAGGCAGCCGCGCGUUCGGGGCUGCGCUCCGGCCGGCUGAGAGGGCGCGUGCCCCAUCACGAUCUGGACUUCUGGGCCUAGAUUGAUGUGUCUCACAGACUCGGAUGGGUUCUGCUCCUCCUCCUCCCCCUGAACAAUGCUGGCAGUUGCUACAAAUAGAUUUAUUGGAGGCUUAUGGCUCCGGUUCCCCACAGACCCGCUCAUGAGUCUCUUUGUUCUUCCCCUUUCUUUUGCCCUGUGCCCCACCUUGGGUCGGGGAUGCUGGAGUGGACCACAUUGUUGUGCUGGGGGAGGGGGUCUCUUUUUGCCGAUUGUGCAGUGCACAAGUUUUGUGAAAAAUGUAAAUAACAGACUCCUAUUGCGGACUGACCAGUGGGAGAGGCCCCUUCCCACCGGAAACUCUGACCGUGUGUUUCGCCUGCUGUAUUUGUAAUCCACUCGUGGUGGUGGCUUUUUUUUUUUUUUUUUUUAAAUAAACAGAUGUUCUCACCUGGGAAGAGGAGACAGGGAGAGGAACCAAUUGAAGAAUGAGGAGAAAAGUCUUAGAUUGUGGAAAAGGCAACCAGGUUGGCCGCAAGGUACCUGCUGGAAUGCCUGUCCGUCCACACGGGUCUGGGCAUCUGGACUGAGCACCAGCCGGCCAGACUGAGGGAUGGAAGGCACUGAGAUGGGGGCCUGUUCGGGCAGACGCCUGCAGAAACAGAGCUUUCUGUGGUCUCUUGCACUCUGGCUGCCUCUUGCCCUCUCUGUGUCUCUCUUUCUUGGUCUUUCCCUCUCUCCUCCUCAGCCUGGUCUUUCUCUUUGGUGCACACUUAGUUAUUGUUAUGAGCAAUGGAAGUUCAAAGGAACUCCCUCUCCAGCUCUUCUGAAUCUUGGGACACAGCCUAAAAAGGACAAAAAGUUAGAAGACAGCAUAGCAACUCAGCUCAGGGAGCUACCAGAGAAAAAUAGCAACUGAUGUGGGUGCUUUUUUUUUUUUUAAUUUGAAUAAAAAGAAUUAGAAGUGAUGUCCUUUUAUAAAAUGCCUUCUCCCCCUUCCUGCCUACAGCCUCUUCCUCUCCCCUUAGAGGGGGGAAAGUGUUUAAACCUACAGGGUUGUGAGUCUGAAAGGAGGAUCUCCCUCACCCCCGCCCUGGGCAGGGCAGUGGGGGUUGGGGGCUGGGAGAGGGGGACACAGAUCUGGCACACUGUGGAUAUUUCUUGCAGAUUGCAGUCUCUCGUGGCCCAAACAGGUUAGGUAGACUAUCGCCUCUGGCAGGUGCCACCUUUCGGUACCAUGUUCUGAGGUGUUAGGAUUGGGGUUGUUUUUUUGUUUCUUUUCCUUUUGGUCUUUUUUUCUUAUUCUUCUUUUAAAGAAAAGCUAAAGGCCGCUGUGAGUCCUGGUGGCGGGCUCUCCAUGGAUGUAGCAUAUCGAAGAUAAUUUUUAUACCGCAUUUUUAUGGAUUAUUUUGUAAUGCGUGAUUCCGUCUGCUGAGGAGGAGGGAGGGGCUCCAGGGAACGCCACCCACCUUCAGUGAGGUUGCUCCCCAGCUGAGCGCACCGGGCAUGGGAUGUGGAGGCUGGCGCCACACCCUGUGCCUCUCCAAGGCUGGGCGCGUGGGGCAUCCGGAGUCUCUCUGGGCCUCAGAUGUCCGUCUGCCACCUCUUGCUAAGGCUCUAGCCAGAAGGGAGGGUGAGGGUAGAAGAAAGUUAUUCCUGAAGAAAAAAAGAAUGAAAAGUCAUUGUACUGAACUGUUUUUAUAUUUUUAAAAGUUACUAUUUAAAGGUUGGUUUGAUUGUUGCGUCUUAAUUGCCUCUCCCCCCAGUUUGUCAGUCCCCCCCGCAGGAAAACAGCCAGGCCAGUGUCGCUCUCACAUUCUGGAGCCUGGGCCAUUUCCCGUCCAUGUGAGCUCUUCUUAUCUCACAGCAUUCCCACGCGCUGCUCCCCCCGCCCCCCAGAUACCCAACAGCGCAGCGGGGGUUUCACAAUCCCACACUGCGUCACCUCCCAUCCAAGCGCCAGGGAGGGUGUGGGGUAGGAGCUAAGACUUCCUCUGGACAGAUGGACAGGGCAGAGUUCACUGAGGGGAAGGAAGACCACAGGUUAACACCAAAGUAUUGUACAGCUGUCAAUGCAAAACUUUUUUGGAAAAAAAUUAAAUGUAAUGAACUUGAAGCGAAA